CUUUUCCCUCCCCUCUGUUCACCUGUCUGUCUCUCCCCGUUCUGUCCACGAGGACGCCUGUCAAGAUGAGCGCCUUCACCGCCAAGAAGUUUCUGUCGGCCUAUAUCCCCUCCGUCCUCCUCGUGGCUGGGACGUUCUUCGCCAAAGAGGAAUGGCUUCCUUAUGCUGCGACUAUUGCUACUCUCUAUACUGGAUAUACGCUCUUCAGUGGCAGGCCCAGGAAAGUCCUUGAUCCCGCCAAAUUCCAGGAAUUCAGGUUAGAGAAGAAGACAGAGGUUUCGCACAAUGUAACCAUCUACCGUUUCGCUCUGCCUCGUCCCACCGACAUCUUGGGUCUGCCUAUCGGCCAGCAUAUCUCCCUCGCCGCAAACAUCCCCGGCCAGCCCAAGGAAGUUGUGCGCUCUUACACUCCCAUCUCUUCGGACAACGACUCUGGCUAUUUUGACCUUCUCGUCAAAGCUUACCCUCAGGGUAACAUUUCCAAGUACCUGACAACCCUGGAGGUCGGCGAUAACAUGAAGGUCCGCGGUCCCAAGGGCGCCUUCGUCUACACCCCCAACAUGUGCCGCCGCAUUGGAAUGAUUGCGGGUGGCACAGGUGUCACUCCCAUGCUGCAGGUUGUCAAGGCUAUUAUCCGCAACAGGCCCAGGAAUGGCGGUAAGGACACCACCCAGGUGGAUCUGAUCUUCGCCAACGUCAACCCGGAGGAUAUCCUGCUCAAGGAUGAGUUGGAGCGCCUGGCAAAGGAAGAUGACGGAUUCCGUAUCUACUAUGUUCUCAACAACCCUCCCUCUGGCUGGACAGGUGGUGUUGGCUUCGUUACCGCGGAUAUGAUCAAGGAACGUCUUCCUGCUCCGGCAAGCGACAUCAAGAUCCUCAUCUGCGGACCUCCUCCUAUGGUCAGCGCCAUGAAGAAGGCUACUGAAUCUCUGGGUUACACCAAGGCUCGCCCUGUCAGCAAGCUUGAUGACCAGGUCUUCUGCUUCUAAACCUAGACUUGGAUUAAAUACUUCUGGUGUGAAGUUGCGACUCGAUGUAUAUAUUAUCGCUGAUCGCUGAGUCGCCGUUUUGAGAUACCUUGCAACGGUCCUUGCUUGUUAGACUUCAGAGGGCCUAGCAUGAUUCCCAGUUUCGAAAAGGAAAGUUUUCAGGGAAAAAAAAAAAACAUGUGUUAUGCUAGAUAGUGAGGAAGGGAUUUGUUUAUAGACGAUUGAAUGAGAGGGCUUUAGCUCAUGAUCAUAUUCUGGCAUCUAUAUAUUCCUAAGACAACGUCCUGCCUCACCAUUUGUAUC